UAGGGUUGAUUCACCAAAUGUGGUGCUACCAAGUGAGAAUGAGAGGACACACAUGGAAGGUGAUACAGUUGGUUGUAGUGAUCCAUAUGCAAUGGUUAAUUAAUGAUAUGAGCGGUUUUUAGAGGCUGAGAAGUCUAUAGGGUGUAGCAAUGAGAUUGAAAAAUAUUUGGCUGAAAAUUGUGAGAGUAGAAGGGAUGUGAAAUUUGAGAUUUUGGGGUGGUGGAAAGCCAAUUCAGAUAGGUACCCAGUGCUGUCCAAAAUGGCUAGGGAUGUGCUGGCUGUACCUGUUUCUAUGGUUGCUUCUGAAUCGGCUUUUAGUACUGGAGGGCGCAUGCUUGAUCCAUUUCGAAGUUCACUCUCCCCUCUCAUGGUUCAAAAUCUUGUUUGUGCUCAAAACUGGCUGCAAGCCCAUGUCCCAAUUUCCUUUCGCAAGUCAAAGGACGAGAUGGAGGCCUUGGAGGAUGAAUUUCAUGAAUUAGUUUUAAAUCAAGCAACAACAGCAGCAAGUUCUAGUUCCUGUUCAAACAAAGGUGGUACUCGUACCACAGUUAAUAUUGAUGAUUGAUCACUG